CCCAACGACACGAACAUCCUCAGCUCGAGGCAAGGCGAGCAAUCUCUGCAAUGUCUUGGAGAAACAAUUGACAGAGGACAGGCGAACACGUCGCACCGCUACAGAAUGCCCGUCGGUGGGGCGGCGGCCGCGGCGCAAGGGGAGCCAGCGAUGGAUAUGCGCCUCCUCCGAUGGCCACGUCAGCAUCAUACGGCCAAGACGCAGCAGCAAUGGCAGCAGCUGCCAGACCCGCCGAGAUUGCAGCAAAUCUCGCCGGCGGUGGCGGUUUAUAUUCUAUAUGGGGGGUUGAAACGAGACCGAGCAGGAUCGGAUGGCAGCCCCGCAGGAGGAGAUGAUGCGCCGCGCAAACGACGCUCUCGAUGGAGUGAUGCUGCGCCUAUUACAGGAGUAACGACGGCAAUCCCAGGCGUCGUCAACGUCGCUGACUUGGACCGAUAUGCCCCCCCGGUCCGCCUCGACGAGAUCUCACGAAAGCUGCAGACAGGCGACGUUGUACCACCACACCGCGAGCGUAGUCCAUUCCCUCCUCCCAUCUAUGAUGAUCAAGGGCGUAGGACGAACAGCAGGGAGGUCCGCUCCCGCAAGAAGCUCGAAGACGAGCGCGUCCAAAUCGUCGAUAAGCAAGUCAAGCUCAACCCGAACUACCGCCCGGGAGGUGGUUACUAAAACUUUUGAGACUCUCGCUGCAUCACGAGCGAUACGAGCUCUUCUGCUGACCCGCUCCUGUCUUGCUACUACCCUCUUCUCAAGGCUGACUGCGCUGCCUCUACUUCGAGGUUGGCGCAAGACAGGCGUCGCUAGCACCUACCCCUUGGCUAGCCCGAAGCGAGC